AUGGUCGAAGCCUGGAGGACCAUAACAUUUAUUCGCCUUCUCAUCAUCUGCCUUAUCUCCACAGGUGCAGCGGAGGCCUCACCACAGAAGGAUCUUGUGCAACCCCAUGAAAAACACCUAGAAGGUGUUCCGGUCUUUAUCCAACAACCAGAAAGUAUCUACUACGCGUGGAGAGGAAAACCUGCGGUUUUUGAGUGUAUUGCAGAGCCAGUCUCACACGCGGUUGCCUUCUGUGCGGACAAAACCUUUCCCUACAUGGGAAACGAACAUACUAGUGAACAGAGACUUCAGGUUACUCGACUUGACUCUAAUGGGAACCUGGAUGCGGAUGGACCUCGUUGGCACCUGCGUCUUCCAAUUCGAACGAAAGAUUUGGAGGAGUGGUUCGACGCCUACAUUUGCACCUGCGAGGUCUGGAAUCUUAUACCCGCCUUGAAACAAGUCAAGAAGGUAUUCAGUCGCAACGCUACCAUCAUUGAAGCCUAUCUUGAUCGUGAAUUUCAACUGGAGCCCAUCCCCGAACAACUUGUCAAAGGUCAAAGACUUCUACUGUCGUGUCAACCACCUAAAGGUGAACCAGCACCCAAGGUCUACUGGUUGAAGAAUGGAAAACGAGUGGAGGCUCAAACCUUCCCUCACAUCAUCAUUGACGACUACAACCGGUUGAUUAUAGAGCAGGUGGAACUACAAGAUGAGGGUAAUUACACUUGCGUGGCGGACACCCUGGGCAUGGAACAGCGGUACUCCACCGCAGAGGUCACAGUGCUUCCCUACAGGAGGGAGCCUCAGACUCACUUGCGCAUGACUCCAUGGACGACAUGGAGUGCUUGCAAAUUGGAGCCCCUGAGUGGACGUUGUCAACAGACACGUACACGAACCUGUUUCAAUGUGUCGACCCUCGAGGAGACCGUCUUGCCGCCUUCUGCGUCAGCAUUUCCAGACCCUCCACCCACCUGUCCACAAUCGGUGUUUGAAAGCAGAAUUUGUGAAUCCACUGAAUGUGGGGGUGAAAUUUCGGAAACUACAGGCGAGAAGAAGAACGCGUCCUCUUCAGUGAAUGUUCGAGAGAUAAUGUUCUACGUGGGCCUGGUGGCGGCAUUCACUGUGACGGCCCUCAUAAUCUUCACCGUCUGUCGUCUAAACCGAAGAAAACCCUCACAUUUCAGCAAUUCCCUUUGUCCAGGGCGUUUCUCAAGUCGACAAAAUGAGUACGGCAAGUCUAUGACAAUUCUCAAGAACAGUCAAAGCAGCACCUACGACAUGCCACCAAUCACCAAUGGCGUGGGAAGUCUUCCAAGGCAACUUAAAGUAAGCUCUCCAGCCACUGAGAGCACGGCAAUCGGUCUACUCGAUUAUUCCUCCAAAAAUGCGAGUCCGAGGGGCCUUGUUCAAUCGCAGACGCGGAGGCCCGUCUCCGGGGCCGAGGCUGGAAAUACGUACAAUCAACCGUACAGUCCUAUCCCCGCAAUGUUUACUCCAAUGUCGCCAGGUUUUCCAAAUGGACGGCCUUUUCAAUCGCCAAAAUUUAAUUAUCUGUCAAAAAACAAGCAAAAAAACGGAACUGAAUGGAUGCCCGACGUGACGCCGGGAACAGGCGCCAAAACCGCCAAACUUCCAAUUCGGCGGGUGGGGCUAAAGGAAUCGCCUGGCCUCGCCUCAAAUGGCAACACGGCCGCGUACUCUCCCCUGCCCGGUGGAGGAGGGUACACAAAUCCACCACUACCAGGUAAACCCAUACCUCCUCUACCGCCACCCUAUAUGGCGCCCUCACGAUCCAGUGCCUCGUCUUCUACAGGCGGUUUGCAAGCUCAACAACAGCCAAUCUAUUUGAGCCCAUCUUCAACUCCGAAUACAGGAUUGGGUGGGGCUGAAGGAGGCGAUGACUGCUCCUCCGCAUUCUACCAUGAAAUUGGAACUGCCGCGGAGUCCAUCUUCCCGUUGAUUCCUCCCCUCCCUGUUGCUGCUGGAGAGACGGGAAGCACUACUUGGGCUAACAUUGGAUCCGUUGGUGGUGUGGUCAAUUUACCGGAGUCUGGGAUAAGUCUUCGAAUUCCACCGGGUUCAGUACCAUCGGGCGUCUCCAGAGAGGUCUAUCUUGCAACCUGUAGAGAUGAGAAGUAUUGGCCUGCAUUAUCUGAGCAUCAGACACUACUGAGUUCAGUCAUUCAAAUUGGCCUCCCAGGAGCUCCACUCUCGAAACCCGUGAUUGUGACUUUCCCACAUUGCGCCAACAUGACAGGACAGAGCGCUUGGUCCUUCAGCAUUCAUUGCUACUGCAGUACUUCUGGCUUCGACUCGAUUUACAAGGGCUCCGAAUCCACCACUGUCGAGUGGUCUUGGAGGGAGGUGGCCCAAAUAGGUCAAGAGCAAGCACGUGACCCAAUUCACUGUUACCUAAGCGGUAAUCAAGCCCACCUGAUGACCCAGUAUCCGCUGCGUUUUUGUCUCGUCGGUCAGGCGACAACUUUUGCACCGACUAGCCCAAAUACCCUCCUCGUGGGCGCUACACGAAUGGGCAUCUCUACGGACUGCAGUGAGAAUCACAGUGGAAGCAGUAUGGCGACAGAGACAACCAAUGAUACCCUCCCAUCGGCUAUACCACCACCUCUUUCAAAACGUCUACGACUUAUCGCCUUUGCAAGCAGAUUUACAAACGUUACAGACUGCAGUUUACGAAUCUACGCCGUUCUUGAUACCGUGGAUGCCGUAAGACAUGUGAAGGACACUGAGGCCAAAUUGGAUGGCCAGUUGAUUGGUGGUGGAAAGCAGAUGUUGUUCAAGAACAGCGGAGGCGGAUUGGUAUUUCGAAUUCAAGAGUUGUCGCCUCACUGGAGAACGCGGUUGUCUUGCCAGGAGAUACCGUUUCGACAUAUAUGGAGCGGCAAUCGUAACACCCUACUCCACUGCUCAUUCACGCUUGAACGAGUUGAUGAUGCAACUCCAGGCCUGCACUGUACAAUCGCCUGUCAACAAGAUGGUGUUCCAGGAACGCAACAAGUCCUGCAUUUGAACGUCAACAGUGGCAGUCCAGAGGGGAAACACCUACAACCCAGCCAGACGGGCAACAGUUCGUACAGUGAACAAAAUGAGUUCAGGCUCCCGUCCUACGUGGUAUUUCAAAUGUGCAGUAUGCUUGAUCCUAUCGCUCCACUGGGCAAUGAUUGGAGGCAAUUGGCCCAACAUCUUAACAUGGAAAGAUUUCUGCCCUACUUUGCAUCAACUCAACGUCCUACUGAAAUGGUUCUCAAUUUGUGGGAGGCUUUGACCACCGCCAAGGGUCCACUAGCCCACCAGGAGUUGAUAAGCAUCCUACAGAGUAUGCAUCGUUUGGAUUGCGCCAACUUGGUUCGGUCUCAGUUCUCCCUCGUCUCGUCGCGAAAAGAUCAUGUGUAA